UUGCAUUUCCCUUCAAGUAAUUGAAAACGCUACAACAUGGAUUCCACCAAAAUCUCAUCUCUCCUUCUCAUUUGCAUGCUUUUCAUUUCCUCUGCCACUCCAAUUCUCGGUUGUGCUUCAUGUCGCCAUGCACAUCCCAAGCCUAAAACCCCAAUCCAUUUGCCACCUGUUAAAGUCCCUCCGGUCACUGUUCCUCCCAUUGUAAAACCACCGGUUACACUCCCUCCCGUCGUCAAGCCACCAAUUACAGUUCCCCCAGUGACUGUUCCUCCAGUGAAGCCACCAGUUGAACUCCCUCCAACUGUAAAGCCACCAGUUGAACUCCCUCCAACUGUAAAGCCACCAAUUAGCCUGCCUCCAGUGACUGUUCCUCCAAAGAUUGUGCCUCCAGUGACUGUGCCUCCAAAGAUUGUACCUCCAGUUGUAAAGCCACCAAUUAACCUGCCUCCGGUGGCUGUUCCUCCAAAGAUUGUGCCUCCAGUUGUAAAGCCACCAAUCAACCUGCCUCCGGUGGCUGUUCCUCCAAAGAUUGUGCCUCCAGUUGUAAAGCCACCAAUCAACCUGCCUCCGGUGGCUGUUCCUCCAAAGAUUGUGCCUCCAGUUGUAAAGCCACCAAUCAACCUGCCUCCGGUGGCUGUUCCUCCAAAGAUUGUGCCUCCAGUUGUGAAGCCACCAAUUAACGUCCCUCCAGUGACUAUCCCUCCAGUUGUAAAGCCACCGAUCAAGCUCCCUCCUGUGACAGUGCCACCAAGUGGAAAACCCUGCCCACCUCCACCAUCAACCAAGGCCACAUGCCCAAUCAACACACUGAAACUGGGUGCUUGUGUGGACCUGCUAGGAGGGGCGGUGCACAAUGGAGUUGGCGACCCAGUUGUGAAUACAUGCUGCCCAGUCCUUGCAGGGCUUGUUGAAGUCGAAGCUGCCGUCUGCUUGUGCACCACUCUCAAGCUCAAACUCCUCAAUCUCAAAAUUUAUGCACCAAUUGCUCUUCAGCUCCUCGUCACAUGUGGGAAAACUCCCCCUCCCGGUUACACUUGCUCUCUUUAAAUCCAGGUUGGGAGGUUCCUUAAACUUCCACUCUAUCAGUCGAAUUGGAAAUCUCUGCAGCCUAAGCUGUAUUUGCAAUACCAAUUCUUUCUACUUAAUUAUUCCAAGUGUGCUUAUUUCUUAAACAUUGUUAUUUCCUAUCAGUAUCUGUCAAAUUGUGAAUUGUAAUUUUAUAUUCAAGUUAAAUAUUUUAGCUCAUUGUUGAAAGACAAUGGGUGGUUGUAAGGUUCAAGGAAGAGGGGACCAAUUUUAAAGCUAUGGCGCAUGAAACUUGUUUGUCUCUA